AUGGCAGAGGUGGAUGGCGUGAAGCUUUGCACCCCGCCACUUUGGAAAGGGGGCCUGCCAGCUGCGACUGCCGCAAGGAUCCAUGGGAGUGGGGAGUCUGGCUGCAAGGACCUUCAGGCGCUCGUGGCCGAGACCGGCGCCCGAUGUCUCGUGGAUGUGGGGGCGAUGUUCGGGGCCUGCGUGGCUCCCGUGGCCAAGAAUUUCCCUGAGGUCCGGGUGGUGGCCUAUGAAGCCCAGGCUUCGGGCCUCCAUUUGCUGCGAAGGACGGCUCAGCUGAACCAGCUUCAGAUCGAGGCCAGGACCAUGUGCCUGCAGCAAGCCUCCCAGCCCUGCGGCUGCGAGGCCUGCGGCACCCUGGAGGCCGAGCAUCCCUUCGACUGCGAGGGUGGCUGUCGCCACUUCCGCGCCGGCGCCAUCGAGAUCGUGGCAGCCUGGGACUGA